GGGAAUCGGCACCCACCACCGAGUUGUGAGCACGCGGCGCAUCCUGGGAUCGGCGCGUUCAACAUGGCUGCCCCACUUGAAUCGCGUCGUGUGCGACGAAAAAGAGCACGGGUACAGCUAUAAUGGCGGCGGAAGUGCGUCGUGCGAGGAGGACGACAACAACAACCUGUCCAGCUACCGGAUCACUAUGACCAGCGAAGACCUCCUCCAGCCGGGACAUGUCGUCAAAGAGCGGUGGAAAGUGGUGAAGAAGAUUGGUGGUGGUGGUUUCGGAGAGAUCUAUGAGGGCCUGGACUUGGUAUCGAAGGAACUGGUGGCCCUCAAGCUCGAAUCCGCCAAACAAGCCAAGCAAGUCCUCAAGAUGGAAGUCGCCGUGCUCAAGAAGUUACAAGGUCGCGAGCACGUGUGCCGCUUCAUCGGCUGCGGCCGGAACGACCGCUUCAACUAUGUGGUCAUGCAGCUUCAGGGCAAGAACCUGGCCGAGCUGCGUCGCUCGCAACCCCGAGGAGCUUUCUCGCUCAGCACCACGCUUCGGUUGGGGCUGCAGAUACUGCGCGCCAUACAGAGCAUCCACGAAGUGGGAUUCCUGCACCGAGACGUCAAGCCGUCCAACUUUGCCAUGGGCCGUACUCAGCACUCGUCACGUAAAGUGUACAUGCUGGACUUUGGACUUGCACGACAGUACGUGACGACCACGGGCGAAGUACGGCCUCCAAGAGCGGCCGCCGGCUUCCGAGGAACUGUUCGCUACGCUUCCGUGAACGCCCACAAGAACAAGGAAAUGGGGAGGCACGACGACCUGUGGUCCCUGUUUUAUAUGCUGGUGGAGUUCGUUAACGGGCAGCUGCCUUGGCGAAAGAUCAAGGACAAGGAACAGGUGGGCCAAAUGAAGGAGAAGUACGACCACCGGCUCCUGCUGAAGCACCUUCCGUCGGACUUCCGCCAGUUUUUGGAGCACAUCUCUUCGCUAGACUACUACGACCGGCCUGACUACCCCGUGCUGGCGGGGCUCUUCGAGCACUGCAUGAAGCGGCGUGGUGUGCGUGACUCGGACCCGUAUGACUGGGAGAAGCCUUGCGCGCCGGUCAGCGCGACGGACAAUGCCACCGGGGCCCCGCCUCCGGGAGCCACCAUCACCACUGCCCCGCUCAUUUCCAAGGGAGCGCAGCAAGGGAGCGUCCUACUUCCAGGCGGCACGGAGCACCUUUUGGACGACAACAUCAUGGCCAGCUACGACGAUCGAGGUGACGACAUGGUCCCAGAGUACGACGGCACGCCCGCUCCGGCGCUGUUGUCCAAGGACCCACGUCCCGUUUCAACGACGUUGCGAAGUAAUCACGGGCCACACAUCCUGCCCCACUGGGAGGCGGCGGCCAAGAGGGAGGUUGACAGCAUCAACCAAACGCCACGAGGAUUGCCCCCCGCCCACCAAACGGCGCUCACAGAGAUCAACAACAGGAACAACAACAACCCAUCCCGGGAAUGUCACUUGGCGCCGACAGCAAACAACGAGAAAUCGGUGAAAGACAAGAAAGGAGAUGUCUCUUCGGGUGCUGAGAAUGGGCAUGGCAUGAACGAAAGGCCUCAACCAGCGCCUCGCAUCAUAGUCGACACAGGCACCGCCUCGGCAAGAGAUAGCCCAACGCGCGAAGAACGUUCCUUGAAGAGGCCGCAGCUGCCACGUCUGUACACCGGAGCGACUGCGAACCUUCCUGGCAUUGUAGCAGUCGUGGGGCACCAAGAAGCCGCCGCACAGCCAGACACUGCCGACACGUCUAAAAGACUUUCGCCCUUCGACGAAGUGCUGCAGAUGACAGCUGUCAAGCAGCAGCUUCCGCAGCCGGUGAGCACGCCUCCGACAGACCCCAAGGCCAGCAACCAGGAACAACGUCAGCAGCACCGGAAGCUAAACCGAAGGCCGUACCACCGAGACAUCUCGCUGACGCAGUUCGCAAUGGCUGACGACGACAACAUAUCUGCGAUGCAGCAGGUCACCAAGGGAGCCGCGGCUGCCAUGACGCUCGCCUCCAAAUGGCAGGCAUCUUUCGACGACAGUGAGGAGACCGACCACGAUGAGAUGGACGAAAACGCGCCCCUCGCCUCGCCCGAUCACCGGAUGGUCAAGAGAGACUCGUCUGGUUACGCCCUAGACAAGAUGGCCGGGAGGCCCCCAGUGAAGCACACCGACGACGAGAGAAGAAAGAGGCUCGAAGAAGGUCGCAUGGUGAUACAGGAGGAAGUGGACGCCAAAAAGCCCGUUCGCCGUGCGAUCUCGCAGCCGGUCGACUACCACAUUACUCUUGCGGGCUUCCCUCUGCAGGGUCCCGUACCUCUGGGGUUGCCACGCGUCUGGAGCUGCCCGUCGAUGGGCCAGCACAUCAGGUCGCACCUUCAGCCACCGCUCAGGCAGCAGGCCUCGUUCGACGACAACGUCUACGAGGUGGACGUGGCUCGAAACGUUGCCGCUCGGUGUAGUGACGACGCCGAGGAACGCAGAGCGUCCCUGCCUUCAAUUCAUCUGCGGACGCCAGAAGAAGAGACUCCGAAAAAGGAAGCCGCCACCUUGCAUGUCCGGGAGGAAUCAGUAACAGAAAGCCGAUCCGUACAGCGGUCGGCGAGCGCCAGUGGCGUGCCUGCACCCAAAGGCAUCCUUAAGAAGCCCAGCAUAGAAAGGUCACCCUCGCUCGGAAGCCGCCGGGAUGACUUCUCGAUGCCCGCACAUCAGACGGAACAGGCCUCACGUACAUGGACAAACCACGUGCUCACAAGGAUGCACUCUGACGAGCCUUCCAUCUACUUCGACGCACCGGCGGCACCACCGAUAUCGCGUGAGGACCGGUGGUCUAUGGGCAACCUCGGUGAGGUGUGGCGUGCCUGCAGGCGUUCGGGCACAGAUGCCGAUGACGAGAACUCCAAAGACGAAUAUGAGACGCCACCGCGAGAAGACCACGUGUCAGUGAUCAGCUUGUGCGAGCUGCCUGAGGCGUUCCGGCUCAUGGGACUUCACGACGCGGAUCCCUCGAAGCGAGAGUCUACGCCUGAUCAACGGCUGCACAGGCCCGCUUCGGUCGGCAGCAGCGACGAGCUUCCUUCGCGAAUUCCGGUGGCCAGACGAAGCGUACUGGCACGGCGCCGGCCAAAAUCCAUGAUUGAGCAGGGCUCACUGGACGCUUCGCGCGAGGUUCAGCGCUGCAACUCGGCCGGACUGGUGGUCAACGGCCGCGCCAGGCACCCCGGCGAACGCUGGGGUGGAAUACUCCACGUGCCUGUGGUCGUCGAGAUGAAGCCCACCAUCGGUGUGGACGAUGGUGACGACAGCCUGGGAGGUCGUAGUGGGUGCGCCGAGUCUCGCAUCCCACGACCUUCGGUCAGGCAGCCCGAGAGGCCUCGUUUCUCAGUGGCGCCCCUCAGCCACUCAGCGUCGGCAUCCAUGGUGCCCGACGGACACUGGAGGCCGCAAGAGUCCCCGCAACCACCACCUGGAAAUCCACCGCCCAACCACUGCGUGCCAGCAAGGAGGCGCCGGUAUAGGCCACUGUCACCGAGCGACCUGCAGAUGACCGGCAGCGAGUCGUCACGCGGGAACUCCCCGGACUGACCCCAAGGGCCAGCAGUGCGUGCCUGCAGCUACUGUUGCGUGUGUGUGUGAUCAUGCGUCGCCCUCUGGCGGGAGCCCCGAGGCCGCUGUGCGCCGAGUGCGAACCCUAGCGGCGACGGUGGUGGAGCACGUUUUCCCUUCAGAGCCUCGGGUUUCUUGCCUCUCUUCUGUAGUCAGCCGUGAAAAUGGACGUGUCACGUUCUAUGAACAACAAAGAGAAGGCGGGCAGAACGUUAGUAACGAGGGAGUGACGACGCAGCGCUGCGGAUGGUCGUUCGUGAGCCAUCCGCGGUGUGAGACUUUAUGUUGUGCUCUCUCCUGGCGGCAUGCUUGCCCUGUACUUCUGUCACCAUUGGAAAGAGAGAAAAAAAGUUCUGUCUUCAAAGAGCAGCCCAUGUGCCCACCAUUUAGGAAAUUUUGGGUUUUAUUCUCAAUACAACCGAACUAAUGUACGA